AUGCAAUUCGUCAUUACCUCCGCCCUUCUGGCUCUUCAGCUGGUCAGCGCCUCGGUCCUUCCUCGUGAUGGGCUUGAGUACUCUGAGCUGACCGGGAUUGAGCCUUUCAACACGACAUUCGCCUUGGAUCACCUAGUCAAAGAUCGCACGCUGGAUAGCACAGAAUCUCUCGCUGAGCGCCAGGCAUCUGGUGCUGUCUACUACUGCAUUAAUGCCAAUUGGGGGCCGGCCUGCGAGUAUCGCUACAUGCCGAAGGACCAAUGCGUCACUUUCCAAGCUCCGUGGCAGGACAGCAUUAGCUCAUUCGGCCCCGACCCUGGCGUCUGGUGCCAUCUUUUUGAGCACAGCAACUGCAACGAGAACGGACGCGUUCUCUGGAACGUCCAGAACCCCGGCAUCGACAAUCUCGACACCAUCGGCUGGAACGAUAUUUUGACCUCCGUCAGGUGCUGGUGUUCCAACAUCUUGAAGCCGCUCCUCACUCCCUCGACCAGGUCUUCCUCCCAGAGCUGGGAGCUUGACAAGGGGGGCUGGCCUGUCACGGCCGAGUUCCCGCAUAAGUUCCAUUUUGUGGGCGCCCCAGCAGCCAAGGCGAUAGCAAAAGAAGAACGUUACUUCGGCGCGUCCGCUUUGGGAGCCCUGCUUGCGAUCACACGGGGCCGCGGCCGAUGCAAAGAUAACAGCAGCCCGGCCCGGCAAUACCAGUCGUACGAAAGUCUUGGAGAAGAGGAAGACGACGACGACGAGCUGUCACCGCCCGCAGACAUCAUGAUCAGUCAGCCCAGCAGCAGCGGCAGUGGCGAUGCCGGCCUCAUAGCCAAACAAGUUCUUCGGAAGAUUGAUAUGAGGCUUAUCCCACUGCUCUUUGUCACCUAUGGCCUCAACUUCAUGGACAAGACCAUCUUGUCCAGUGCAUCGGUAUUUGGACUGAAGGAUGACACACAUCUGGAAGGGCAGGACUACAGCUGGGUCUCAUCUGUCUUCUACUUUGGAUACUUCGCCUGGACGUAUCCUACCACUCUUCUCAUCGCCCGUCUCCCUGUUGCACGGUACAUGACCGCCAACACACUGUUCUGGGGGAUCGUCGUCGGCGUGACUGCGGCGUGCUCCAACUACGGCGGCCUGCUCACCGUCCGCUUCCUGCUCGGUGUUGCUGAGGCUACUAUUACACCUGCCUUUAUGUUCAUCACUACGUCGUGGUAUACGCGCGAUGAGAUUCCAUUUCGCACCGGCAUCUGGUUCUCGGGCAACUCCAUCGGCGGCAUGAUCGCCUCGCUCUUCGCCUUCGGCGUAGGACACAUCGACGACUCUGUCGGUCCCUGGCGGUGGAUGUUCAUCAUCCUGGGCAUAGCGACUUUCCUCUGGGCGUUCGUCCUCUGGUUCACCCUUCCAAACAGCAUAUCUACCGCCAACUUCCUCACCCCGGAGGAGAAACAGUUCGCCACGGACAGGGUCAUCGUUGCGGGGACGGGGCGCACGGAGAAGACGGCCUGGAACUGGGCGCAGAUGCGCGAGUGCCUUAUCGACCCCAAGACAUGGUUCAUCUUCGGGCUCGAGAUCCUGACCCAGAUCCCCAACGGCGGCACCCAGAACUUCGCCAACCUGGUCAUCAAGUCCUUUGGCUUCACGAGCCUGCAGAGCACCCUGAUCAACAUCCCGUACUCGCUCAUCUCGGGCGGCUGCAUCAUGUUCACCGGCUGGCUCGCUGGCCGCUUCCGCCAGGCCAAUUGCAUCCUCGUCGCGUGCGUCGUGCUGCCCUGUAUCACCGGCUCCGCCCUCAUCUACUCGCGCGAGCACGUGUCCCGCGGCGUCCAGCUCUUCGGCUACUUCUUGCUCUCGACGGGGCCUUCUGCCAUGCCUCUCGCGCUGUCGCUCGUCCAAGCAAACUACCGCGGCGUGACCAAGAAGAUGACUAUGACGGCGCUGAUCUUCCUCGCCUACUGUGCCGGUAACAUUGCUGGCCCGCAGUUCUUCAAGAGCUCCGAGGCACCCACAUACAACACUGCCUUUAGGACUAUCAUGAUCUGCUACGCCCUGAGUGUGCUGUUGGCGUUGGGACUGCGGACGUACCUCGCUUGGACUAAUGCGAGAAGGACAAGACAGGAAGGCUUUGAGGGCAGUGCGGGCUCUGCCGGGGCGGUCGGUGGUGGCAAGGUUGUUGAUAUUGCUGGUGAUGCGAAUGCUGUUAACAACGUUGAGCUGAGGAGUGAGGACUACGAAGAUGUCACAGAUUGGCAGACCUCUGGGUUUAGAUACCGUCUCUGA